UGUCUUUCCGACGAUGCAGUGCGCCGACAAGUACGACUUACCACUGUUGACUGACUUUUGUCUGGAUUUCGUCUUGAAGGAUCUCACCGGCAACGGUCGUGCUGAUCGCUGUUUACUGCAUAUGGACAAUGCGCUGACUUGGGCUGUUGGCAUCGAAGGUGUCGUGGAAAACUGUCUUCACUUUGUGGACGUGCACUGCAGAGGAGUUCUCCAGUCGGAACGGUUCGCUGAAUUGCAGCCCAGCACGUUGCGCUUAAUUCUGGAACGCGACACGCUGUUUGCGGAAGAGAGCCUCAUUUGCAGGGCUGUGGAUAGAUGGACAGUGGCUGUCUGCACUCGGAGCAAUUUGGAGCCUUCGCCAGCUAACCGGCGCGAAGUCUUGGGCGAACUGUUUUACCUGAUCCGCUUUCCAUUAAUGACUGUCUCGCAAUUGACUGACUUGCCUCCCAACAGUGGGUUUUGGAGGCAACAGCGUUAAGGGAGAUACGCCAACAUAAGCAGCGCUUCCCCCAGCAAUCUCGACGACACCCACUCAUUCGUAUCGGAAAUAUGGAAUUCCG